AUGUUCGAAAGAAUAUUAGGAAUUUGGAGGCACCUCAAGCUGUUUAAAGAGUCUCCCAAAGUCUUCGUCAUUUAUGCGCACGGUUCCAAAGCAAAGCAGGAAGCCGUCAAGGAAUUCAUCCAGUGGUUUAAGGACGUCCGUUUUGACAUUCAUUCAGAUCAAUCCCCGUGCGGAUACGGACCGUCAGUGAUUCGUGCUGGUAAUGCAAACGCCGAUACUUCACUCGCCGCAAGGAAUAUUCUGGAGAAUCAGCUCUGCGUACUUCCGCAGAAAGCAUUUACAAAUUCCGCCAAAUUUGUCAUCUUGUGCGGCACUAACAUCCUCGCCGAAUACAUGAACAAGAGUCAGUUCAAUUCCUUUGUCGAGGCUAUGGUUGACAGCUUCUCCCAACUUGGACACACUCAGAAGUCGGAUAAGGACACACGCGAACGUGUGCGCAAUGUCAGCGCAUUCUACUCGGAAGCAAUGCAGGAGGACUUCCAUCAUGUCCAAACAGAGUUGGCACUUUUGAACGUCAGAUAUAAGGAGGAUAGUAAUCAAUUCAUCAUCCCCUUGCUGCUCAAUGGAGACUACAAGGAAUGCUUCCCAAAAUACAUUGUCGACGAUAAAACUACCCUUCGAAUCGAGCUGAAUGACCAGAGAUCACCACACAAAUGCUUUUUCAGGCUUCUGGGCCUGGUUGCAGCGGACCAGAAACUAUUUAUCGAUGCCUUGAGAAAGAGCUAUGAAACAUGUUCUAGAGUUCUGGAUGACAAGGGAUCGCAGUGGGAUUCCAACACGUUCCGCCAAUAUUGUGAAACCGAAAAUCUUAAAGCGCUAAUGGAGUUGACGAAUGAUCAAGACCCUCGGAUGGAUCACAGACCGAUCGAGAUUGGUAGUAUUUGGGUAGCUCUGAGAGAGUAUUACUCUUCUGGGCACUUAUCUAUCCAGCGAGUGUCAGGCCAGGCAUUCCCAAUUGACUUAAGCUACAUAAAUCUGACACUUGUGCAAUCCAAGUCUUCAAUGUCAAACGAAGAAAAUCAAUCCUUUCCGGAAGCGGGCCCUCCACAAACGCCUAUACCUCUGGAUGGCCUUUUUAAGGAGAGAAUCUUAAAGGACGGCAGCAAGGGUCGGCCGAAGCGAAUACUUAUCCGAGGCCAACCGGGGGUGGGAAAAAGCACAAUAUGUAAACGGAUAGUAACCGAAUACCAACAAAACGAAGCCCUUCGAGAGGAGUUUGACUGGGUUCUCUGGGUCCCGCUGAGCAGGCUCGAGCUCACAGAAGAUCUGGAGGAUUUCUUCUAUAAGGAAUAUUUCCAAUUGACCGACCGAGGGCGUGAACUGGCACAAACACUCUACAGUCGAAUUUUAGGGCAGGAUAAAGCAAAGACGCUGCUCAUUCUCGAUGGUUUCGACGAAACGCACGGGUGGGCACCGGGCAAAGCUGAUCUUGUUGCACGACUGGCCAACCAUGAUGCGGUUAUCAUCACAUCGCGUUUCAGCGGGUGGCCUGGCGAGCGCAUUGUUCCUAUCGAUCUGGAACUAGAGGCCCUCGGCUUCAGUCAGGAGACAGUUUCAAAUUAUCUCGAAAACCGAACCAUCGUUCCAUCGCAAGAAACCGCCGAUGAAAUCAAGGGGUUUAUCGACAGCAACGAGUCUGUUCUGGAGCUGGUCAAGUUACCCAUAUAUCUAGAUGCGCUGUGCUACAGCUGGGAUGAGCUGAAGCGAAAGACCCAGUUUGGAAGCAUUCCCACUGUCACUAUACUAUACCAGACAAUCAUGACCAAACUCUGGCGGAAGGAUAUUCCUUAUCUCCAAAAGCGCGAUGCGGUCGAUGGAUCCCCAUUGACGCAGGAGAUCGUACAGGCAGUUCGAGACCCGAGGCGUCUCGAACAUGUCGUCCAUCGAGAGAUCGAGUUCCUUGGCAGACUGGCCCUGGAACUUACCGAGCAAAAUCGAACAAACUUCGGCAAUUCAGAGAUCGAUGAAAUCAUCCACCAGACAGAGCUUCACGGCACUCGUCUGCCCCUUUCGUUCGAAUUCAACUUGAACAAACUCUCUUUGCUACAUUUGAGUGGCCCCGUCUCGAAAGCUAACUACAACUUCAUCCACCUUACCUUUCAGGAGUUCAUUGCUGCCCAAUGGCUGAUACAAGAUCCAGACCGAUUAGAUCUUUACAUCCGGCAGUUCAAAUAUAAUCCCCGUUUUGAAAAUGUCUGGCGAUUUGUUACCGGUUUAUUCCAUUCCAGUGGGGAUGAGGAACAACUCCUUCGCUUCUUCGACACAAUUGAGAAAGAUCCGCGUGACCUUUUGGGUCCUGUAUAUCAACAGCUUAUUAUGAACUGCCUCAGCGAUGCCCCCCGGUCGCAGAAGCUUGCCAAAUUCACUCGACUUGAAAUAGAAUUGGAAGAUCAACUAUCGCAGUGGCUAUGGUUUGAAUGCAACUACAUGGGAUCCUCGCGACUGGCCGGCAGAUUGGAGUUCCCAGAACAAGUAAUAGAAGACAGCUUACAAAAAUCUCCCGAUGAUAUGAGGAUAAGGAUUUUACAUUCACUGUGCAGCAGGCCAAAAGUCUCACAGCGGAUAAUAAGGCUGGCGGCCUCCUGGUUGGGAGACAAUGUCUCGACAGAAUUCAUUCUGGGAGUUGUCUACUUUCUCCGGGACUGUCCUGGAGAUCUGCCAGACGAUAUCCUACCAACCUUGACCGGAUUGUUGAAAGAUCCAGAUUCGCGGGUCAUAGAAGGUGCGGUUGAUGCGCUAGAAAGGCUGCCAGCCCUAACAGAAGAGAUCCUACGAAAUUUCACAGAAUUGUUGACACGUCCAGAGCCGAGCGUUCCUGAGAUUGGGGGUAACGCCCUCAAGAGGCAGGCGGCUCUACCAGAGGGAAUCCUACAGACUUUAACGGAAUUGUUGAAACACCAAGGAUGGGGGGUGCCUCACAUUGCGGCUCAGAUCCUGCAGAGGCAGGCGGCUCUACCAGAAAAGAUCCGACAAAGCUUAACCGAAUUGCUCAGAGGCCCAAUCAAGAACAUCUCCAUCAGCGCAGCUAUAGCCUUACAGGGGCAGAGGGCGGCCUUACCAGAAGACAUCCUACAAACUUGGAUAAAGUGGUUAAAAGAUCCAAACUCGGAGGUUCGUGAGAAUGUGGCUUGGGCCCUACGGCAGCAGAUGACCCUACCCGAAGGGAUCAUACAAACGAUCACAGAGUUCUUAAAAGAUUCCAACUUGGACACUCCUGACAGUGUGUAUGACGCUCUGAGGCAGCAGAGAGCCCUGCCAGAUGAGGUCUUACAAACCUUAAUAACAUUGUUAAGAGAUCCAGACUGGAGGGUUCGUUAUCAUGCGAUUCAGAGCUUACAGGCACAGGCGUCUCUAACGAAAGAGACCCUACAAAUCUUUGUAAAGUUGUUCGAAAAUCCAAACCGGGAGGUUCGUGAGUUCGCGCAUCACAUCCUACGGAACCAGGCGGUCCUACCUGAAGAGGUCCUACAAACCUUGGCGGGAUUGCUGCAAUCUCCAAGCGAGGAUAUCCUCAUCAUGGCGACAACUGCCUUACAACUCAAGGCGGCUCUCCCAGUCGGGAUCCUACAAGCCUGCACAGAACUCUUAAAACAUCCAGACUGGGAGGUUCAUCACGGUGCGGCUCAGGUUCUACAGAGGCGGGUGGCACUACCAGAAGAGAUCCUACAAACCUUCACGGGAUUGUUAAAAUCUCCAAGCCAACAUACCUUAAUCAGCGCGAUGACAGCCUUACGAGGGCAGUCUGCUCUACCAGACGGGAUUCUACAAACCUUGACGGAAUUUUUAAAGGUUCCAAACUGGGAGCUUGGUGGCCCUGCGGCUUCGAUCAUACAGCAGCAAGCAGCCCUACCAGAAGGGGUCCUACAAACCAUAGCAACAUUGUUAAAAGAUCCAGACUGGGUGGUUCGUUGUAAUACGGUUCGGGCCCUAGCGAUGCAGACGGCUCUACCAGAAGAGAUCCUACAAACGUUGGGUGAAUUGUUAGAAGAUUCAAGCGAGCAAGUCAGUGAUGAGGCACUGAAAAUCUUAGGUCGGCAGGCGAUACUACCCGAUGAAAAGUUCUGUUCAUUGCAUAUCGAUAUGGCCAGCAUGUCUUUCACGCGCUUGUACGAAAUGUGGCUGAAGCGAGCGUUUGAGGAACAUCUGAUUUGGCAUAUGAAUGAAGAAAGCUUCCAGAUUGAUAUACAAUCCGAAUGCUGGAACUAUUCUCAGGGUGAUUUUUUGAACGCAGUCCAAGAGGUACAAAGAUCGUUGGGUAUGCCUGUUGUUCAUGGCUCAGGUGGUUGGUAUAAUGCUUGA